AUGGUUCUGCACAUACCAGUUGGUCAGAUCGUGGCUCUUUGGCACUCUGUCCGAAGAAGUCCUUGGCUCGGUCCAUACUCUCACCACUUCUCGCGAGAUCUGGUUGUCGCUUGCCGAGAACUUCAACCAGAGCUCCCUCGUGAGUUUGGUCUCCGUACAAGUCUCCAAUGUCUGAAGAAGCAAGACAAGAGCUUUGCUGCUUAUUGUCGAGAGUUCAAGCUGUUAUGUGAUGCGUUGAGUUCCAUUGGCAAACCGGUGGAGGAAUCCAUGAAGCUGUUCCAGUUUCUGAACGGUCUUGGCGAUGAGUACGAUCCAGUCGCUACCGUUGUUCAAAGCUCCCUCAGCAAGUUUCCAAGACCUACUCUCAAUGAUGUCAUUGCGGAGGUCCAAGCGUAUGACAUGAAACUUCAAGCUCGAGAUGUCUCUGCGAAAGCGACGAAUCAUCAAGCGUUUCAAACACAACAAGCCAAUCAAGUCUAUGACAGAGGACGUGGUUCAUACCGUGGUCAAUAUCGUGGAAGGGGAAACUAUUCCACCAGAGGCAGAGGCUUUCCUCAACACCAGAGUGGCCAGAGCAACAACGGAGAGAGGCCCAUCUGUCAAAUCUGUGGUCGUGUGGGUCACACCGCCAUCAAAUGCUAUAACAGGUUUGACAACAACUACCAGGAGGCUAAUCAAGCGACAGCAUUUACCUCUCUUCCGGUUGCAGACGGUAAAGAGUGGUAUCCAGACUCCGGUGCCACGGCACACAUCACGUCAAGCACUAACAACCUUCAGUCUGCCGCCAAAUACGAAGGGAAUGAUACGGUAAUGGUAGCAGACGGUGCUUAUCUGCCCAUCACACAUGUUGGUUCCUCAGCCCUUGCAUCGCCUACUAGUAUGAUCCCAUUAAAUGAUGUCUUAGUUUGUCCUGCAAUCAAGAAAUCCUUACUGUCAGUCACGAAAUUGUGUGAUGACUAUCCCUGUGGAGUAUAUUUUGAUCGUACUAAGGUUUGUAUAAUUGAUUUACAAACCCAGAAGGUGGUGACAAGGGGACCUCGGCGUGAAAGUCUCUAUGUUCUUGAGGAUUCAAGGUUUCCAGUGUUCUUCUCCAAUCGUCAGUGUGCGGCUUCUGAGGCGACAUGGCAUCAUCGGUUAGGACACUCGAAUCUGAAGACCUCCAGAACCUGA